AUCUUACGCAGUAGACCAAUCAAGGUUAAUAUGACAAAUAAUAAUACAACCUGCGAUUGUUUACAGUGUGUUGCAUUUUGAAUUUCUGAUUUAUCACAAUUUUAAAAGCAAAAAGGACGUACUUUUCCCCAGGUUUUGGCCAGAAGUACUGGAGUAGUUAAGUUUAUGUACAGCAGAUAGCCAUGGCAGCUACAUCAAGACCAUAUAAAGUAUGGAGUGCAGAUAGAAAAACAAAGAAAUCAUUCUCAGCUUCUUCAUUGGAAGAACUGAUAAAGAAAGCCAAGGAGAAGCUUGAGGUUGGGCCCUCGGAGAAAGUUAGGAUUGUGUUUGAAGGUGAUGGUACUGAAGUUGAUGAGGAAGAUUAUUUCCAGUUCCUGCCAUUUAACACAACAUUUAUGCUCCUGAGACAGGGAGAGAAUUGGAAGGAUCAGUGUGAAGCUGAAGGUCGCGAUGAACCAGAUUAUAUGAUGCCGGACGGGAAAGAGGUUAGUGACAGAGUUCGACAAUUGGCAUCUGGACUGAAGAGGGAGAUAACACGGCUGAUCACAUUCUCUAAUGAAGACUUACAGGAAAUGGCAGAGAUGAGUACAUCAAACCUAGCACAGUUACUGGGAGAGACAGAAAUAUAUGCAAAGUCAGUGCAGGAAGCCUGUCAGAGACACCUGGAUGACCGACAGCAGACGUCUGAGGCCUUGGAAUUGUUGAAACUAUACCACAAGGCUAGAGAGCACAGUCCUUACGUAGAGGGGGAGGAUACAAGUAAAAGACAGAAAUUUGCUCAUACCUGAUACUGAUUGUGAUAAACUAAGUAUAGUAUCAGAGCAUAAUACGCAAAAAUAGCUGGCACAAUGUAUACACUCAUAAGCUUCACUUCUGAAACUAUUUAAAUCUGCACCGUGUCUUACUGUGCUACAGUGCUACAAGUGCAUUAUCCUUCACGAAUAUUGAUUCCUCCUCCAUUGUUAUGUUCACUCAUAUACUCAGGUAUUGGAACAAUUUACUAAAAAUUGUGGAUUAGAAUUCAAAUUUGACAAAUAAUGCAAGAUUUCUGAUUUCAGAACCUUGUCUGACAGUUGUUUAUUUAAGUUUAUUUUAGUUGCAGGGCAUACUUCUGAAUAGUUAAGAAAUAUUAUAUAGCAGAACCAUAUAAAAACAUGAUAAAGAGGUCAUAUACUGUGAAAUACAGUCAAACCUGUGUUAAGCAGCCAGCCAAGUGAGCAGCAUAAUCUGGCUGCUAAAGGCGGGUGGCUGCUUAAAGGGAAUUCCUAUAGUUUUUUAUGCGCAUCUUUCUGUGCAGCCGACACUUUCUAUGGAAAACUGAACUGAAGUCAACAUUUGUUGAAACAUGUUACAGACAAUCUUAAAUAUGAGGAAUUUUGAAUGAAAUAACAUUUUUGAUAAGUUAUAUCAGUAAUCAAAUGUUGAUACUGGUUUAUGUUGUAUUGACAAGUAUUAUGCCUGACUGGUAUCUUGCUAUUUUUGUGGUUGUGUUUUCACAUCGCAUUUUAGUACAAAGACAGUGUUGUUCGUAUAAUGUAAGAUAAUUGACUUAGUACUGAUAAUACAAUAUCACCUUUCAGAUUAUUUAGUAUUCAAUUAUAGAAAGAAGUAAGAAUUUUUAAAACUUUUUUUUAACUUUUAGCAGACAUACAUGUAAUCAAUUUGGCCAGGUUCGCGCCAUUUCCGUCUGAACAGGUGUUGUAUUCUAGCGGUCUUAAUAUAAAAUUUAGCCUGGUGACCCAUACAUUUUUAGCCAUUUUUAUGCUCACAAUACAAUUAUCUAUACACAAGAAGAAAAAGAAAAAAAUCUAUGAAAGAGUUUUUUCAAAAUUAAGAAAAAAAAUUCUUCACUAUGGGUAUUUUUCAUUGAAAAAAGUUCACAAAAGUAAAUAUGAAACAAUAUUUUUUUCCAUUUGUACCCAUUAUUGUAAGGAUAGAGUAUUACAAAUAUUACUAUGAUAUCAAUAAGUAUAUAACAAAAUCUGUAAAAAGAAAAAACCAUAUUGUGCUGCCUGGAUGUAUAUUUUGGUUGGUAUUUAUAAAAAAGGCAGAAAAUUAUGAAAAUGUUGAAAAAUCGCUGGCAGUUUCAGAAACAGUGGGUGUGUUCAAAACAAUUUUUCACAAAAAAAAGCCUGGUGACCUAUCGUUUUUAUUUGUUCAUUGUUUUCAGCACAAAUUUUCCUAUCAUAUAUGUGAAUUUAAAAAAAUUCUAUAAAAGGAAAAAAACUAUAGGAAUUCUCUUUAAGAGAGGUUUAAAUUACAAACAGUAGAAGUCAAAUUGGGAAGUAAGCAGACUGGCUGCUUAAGGCAAGUGACUGCUAGAUAGAGGUGACCACUCUGGCAGGUUCAACUGUAAUUUCUCAAGAAAUUAGAUAUCAAGUGAAUUAUUCUACCUAGCAUAUUUCAAAAUGUUAUAGUAUUAAAAAUGGUUUUGCUAUAUAUUGAUUACUCUAUGUACCUGAUAAAUGAUUCAGAAUGAGUGAAUUAUUUGUUAUAGUGUUAAGUUACAGUAUAUCAUUUUGAUUUGGAAAUGUCUUUUCUAUAUAUGGAACAUCUGAUACUCGUUACAAAUUAUGUGUCAGUGUGACAUCAGUGUUGUCUUGCAGAUUAAACAAGAUUUUUCAUACUAAGUACCUGUAAUGCAUGAAUACUCCUAGUUUCCCCUGAUAGAAAGAGGAACUCUUUUUAGCUCACCUGAGCCAAAGGCUCAUGGUGAGCUUUUGUGACCGCUCAAUGUCCGUCGUCAGUUGUGCAUCCAUCAACAUUUUCUAAAAAAAUCUUCUUGAAAACCACUGGGCAGAAUUACACCAAACUUCACUGGAAUGAUCCUUAGGUGGUCCCCUUUUAAAAUUGUUCAAAGAAUUUAAUUCCAUAUAGAAUUCUGGUUGCCAUGGCAACCGAAAGGAAAAACUUUAAAAGUCUUCACUUCACUGGAAUGAUCCUUAGGUGGUCCCCUUUCAAAAUUGUUCAAAGAAUUUAAUUCCAUGUAGAAUUCUGGUUGCCAUGGCAACCGAAAGGAAAAACUUUAAAAAUCUUGUCCAAAACUGCAAGGCGUAGAGCCUUGAUAUUUAGCAUGUGACAUCAUCUUAUGGUCCUCUAUCAAGAUUGUUCAAAUUUUGCCCCUAGGGUGAAAAGAGGCCCCACCCGGGGGGUCACAAGUUUUACAUAGACUUAUAUAGUAAAAAACUUUAAAAAUCUUCUUGUCUAAAACCACAUGACCUAGGCCUUUGAUAUUUUGUAUGUAGCAUUGCCUUGUGGUCCUCUACCAAAAUUUUUCAAAUUAUGCCCCUGGGGUGAAAAUAGGCCCUUCCCCGGGGGGUCUCGUGUUUUACGUAGACUUAUAUAGGGAAAAAAAACUUUAAAAAUCUUCUUGCUUGAAACUGCAAGGCCUACGCUUUUGAUAUUAAGUAUGUUGCCUUUCCUAGUGUUUCUCUACCAGAAUUGUUCAAAUUAUGUCCCUAGGGUGAAAAGAGGCCCUGCCUGGUGGGUAACAAGUUUUACAUAGACUUAUAUAGAAAAAAAUAAAUCUUCUUGUCUGAAAGUUCAAGGCCUAGGCAUUUGAUAUUUUGUGUGUUACAUUGCUUGGUGGAUCUCUAACAAGUUUUUUCAAAUUAUGCCCCUGGGGUGAAAAGAGGCCCCGCCCCAGGGGUCACUUGUUAUGAUCACGAGUUAUAUAAUAAAAAAUACUUCAAAAAUUAUCAGGUCAUAUUUCCUAGACUGUUUUAAUUAUAAUUAUCUGAUGACCCAAGUGAUUAGGGAUCACUUGACUAUGACCUUGACCUACUGACCUACUUUCUUGUUUUUUAAGAUACAGCUUUGAAAUUUGGAUGACAUGUACAGUUUUGCACACCAAUCUUAAGUCUGUCUUUCAGUAACCAUGAAUGUGACCUACUGACCUACUUUCUAAUAUUUUAGCAUCAGUUCGUCAUUUGAAACAUGUGGCUCAUAUUACUCAGGUGAGUGAUUCAGGGUAAUCAUGACCCUUUUGUUUUCCUGAUAAUAGCACAUUCCCGUAUGUAAGGAUCUGUGACGUCACCGAUAAGGUCUGCUAUCUAAAAAUAGCACAAGACUCAAUUUGCGGACAAACAACCAGUGCAUUCAUUGUACAAUAGCAUAAGUAAUCCAUAAAUUUUGCCUUUAUUUCUUUAUUUUUGUUCAGGUUUCUAGCCUGCACAUCGGAAACAAAUGUUUUUUCUUCAGUUUUUAUUUCACUAAACUAGAAACUCUUUAUUUUAUAUACAUGUUAGAAAUAACAUACCGCUUUUUCGUCAAUUUAUAACGAAUGGAUGAUUUUAUUAUAUUAUUCUGUUCAUUUUGUGACACAUCCAGUUUUUUAAAACAGAAUAUUUAGAAAAAAUAGAAUAACUUGGAAAAAUGUAUUAAUACCAAAUAGAAAGCGUUAUUUAAAACAAAAAUGUAUUCACAGAUCCAAAUUAUUCUUCCUAGUUACCGUCAUAUAUUAACAGUUUAUUUUUGUAAAAAAAAAAAAAAAAUCUUCCGUUUAAAGUGUUUAUAAAUAUAAUACAUCUACCUGUGAAUGUAAAAAGAAAUCUUAAGAUCGCAUAAUUUAAAUUCAUUGAAAUUUCGAAAUGUGAUGAACAACAUGUAUAUUUUAAAGUAAACUGUCAUAUACAUUAUUAUUUUUGGCCACAUAUUCAGUUAUUCGUUGAAACAAUUAACACCUCUGUGGUAUACAUAUGUUGUGUUUUAUUACAAAUGACCCCUUUGUGUGACAUAAUAAAUUAUAGAUAUUUGACUUUUGAUAGUAAUAUUUAGAUGUUAUGUGAUAAUAAACAUGUUCGAAUUUAAUGCAACACCAUUAUUUUCUUCCAAAUCAUAUAUGUAUUUUUAAUAAGGAAAUGUUUGACGGGUCCACGCCGACCACAGCUGACAUCUGGAAUCAUAAUCAAGUUUGCGUCUUGUGUUGUAUGAAUCAGUUGUUUAAAGGGAAAUACAUGUAGUUAUUGUAGUUAUGAUUUUAAUUCUGCUGAUACAUUCUUUGAACGUCAUGAACCAAAUGAUUUAGCAUUAAAAGUUUCAACCACAAAUGUUCUUCAGUACGUCGCAUUGGAAAAUAUUGUAAUUUGUUAUUAAGACUGUAAGCCGUUCUUCUGAUGCAAGAUUUAAAUAGUAUAAUAUGGGGUAAUGUGCAUGCAACAUGCUUUUAAAUAGUGCUCUAUAUUUGCUUGGUAGGCCCGUUUUGAAUCGUUUUGUUACAAUAAUAUGUCUGUAUAUUUUGUAUAUUCCUUACAUUCGCUCCAAUAUAUUUCUUUAACUAGUUA